UACACGCUUGUUGCCAAACUGUGGCUGUCUGUACGAGAACAUGAAUACGCAAAGCUUUUACUGCAGCAAAAUUAUUCAAAAUCAUCCUAAUUCAUGUUUAUCGAUUUAUUUUUUAUUUGUUGUUUAUAAUCUUCAAGAGAUGAGAUGAGAUUCGUAGAGACUUAGCAAGCGUUCAUUUGACAUGUACGCACUUGUAACAUCUGUGAUUCUUAUUGAAUGACUCUCGUGUUGACUUCUUAAUGUCGUUUCGGGUGUUAUAAACAUGCAGAAGUAUCUAUACGUUGUUCUUGCUUUUGUGCACGUAUUGGCGGAUUCGGAAUUUGCUAAACGUGAUGGUGCCCCUCCUUCUAAAAUAGCUGUUGUGGGGGCUGGAAUUGGAGGAACCGCUACAGCUCAUUUCCUGAGGCAACAUUUUGGUCCAGAAGUGAGAAUUGAUGUGUUUGAGAAGGGGUCUGUUGGUGGUCGUUUGGCUACUGUCACUGUAAACCAACAAGACUAUGAAUCCGGUGGAUCAAUUAUUCAUUCCCUCAACUUGCACAUGCAGGACUUUGUCCAACAACUGGGUCUGAAAUACCGUAAGAGUGUGGCUGGGAAAACGGCAGUAUUUGGUGGAGAGGAGUUCAUUCUGGCGGAAACGGACUGGUAUCUGCUGGAUCUGUUUCGCUUGUGGUGGCGUUAUGGGAUUAGCUUCAUCCGCCUGCAGAUGUGGGUGGAGGAGAUCAUGGAGAAGUUCAUGAGAAUCUAUAAAUACCAGGCCCAUGGCUAUGCCUUCAGUUCAGUUGAGGAGCUGCUGCGCUCUCUGGGGGGUUCAGGAUUUAUCAACAUGACCCAGCGCGCUCUCUCUGAGUCUUUGCUAGAACUGGGUGUCUCCCAGCACUUUAUAGAUGAAGUCAUAGCCCCAAUCAUGAGGGUCAACUAUGGCCAGAACAUCAGCAUCCCAGCAUUUGUAGGUGCUGUGUCUCUGGCUGGUGCACAGGCCAAUCUUUGGGCUGUGGAGGGAGGGAACAAGUUGGUUUGCUCAGGUCUGCUUAAACAAGCAAAGGCCAAUCUCAUCCAGAGUCAGGUUACAACCAUUGCUCUCCAGUCAAUAGGAGACUACAACCAAUAUGAGCUCGCAUACACUGCUCAAAAUGAAAGGACAUCAGAGCUCUACGACAUUGUAGUACUAGCGACGCCUCUCCAGCAUAAUGUGAAUUCGGGCAUCUCAUUCCAGGGCUUUGAGCCUCAGCUACCAGAAAUGGUGGGCUCCUACCACCAAACUGUUGCCUCCAUUGUCCAUGGCUACCUGAAUUGCACUUACUUUGGCUUCACCGACCCUAAGCUUUUUCCAUUUGCCAGCAUACUUACCACAGACACUCUUGGACUCUUCUUCAACAGUGCCACUAGUGUCUGUCCAGUCAACAUAACCUCUGGUUUUCGCCGCAAACAGCCUCAGGAAGCUGGAGUAUACAAGGUCUUUUCUCCAAAACCUCUAGAGAAGAAUGAGCUGAAGACCCUUUUUAAGUCUUACUAUUCAGUGCAGGUCACAGACUGGUUGGCGUACCCUCACUACGGAAGCACCCAAGGUUUGCCACCAGUGGUACUGCAUGAAAGCUUGUACUACCUUAAUGGCAUUGAAUGGGCUGGGAGUGCUAUGGAGAUGAGCUCUGUGGCUGCUAAAAACAUAGCGCUGUUGGCCUACCACCGCUGGAAUAGACAAUCUGAAAUGAUUGACCAGAAAGAUCUCAUGCACAAAGUGAAGAUGGAACUGUGACAGACCCGUUCUACAAUGAUAUAGUGACAUGACAUAUUGUCAAAUCUGUGUAACAUUCUGGCCUGAUUCUGGAUCUGUCUGACAGUAGCAAAUUGUAAAGAGACCUAAUCAACCACUGGUUACUUCAGACAUACCUCUCAAUCUACAAUUGAUCCAUUGAGUAAAACCAGUUGAAACAAAAUCAUGUCUCCAUCUUUGUUUCCACUCCACAUAAAUACUUGGUACACUGCAAAAUUUAUUUUCUGAUUUAAGUAUUUUUAUCUUGUUUUCCAGUAAAAUAACUAAACAUUCAUAAUACAUGACACAUUUACUUGAGAAGCAAAAUGACAUGGGAUAUUAAAAGCUAUUUGCCAAUGGGGCAAGAUAAAUUACCUUGAUUCAAAGGAAAAAAAAUCUAUUUUUCUUUUCACACAUGCAAACAGUUUGUUUUCUUGCUAUGGACUAAUUUAUUGAGAGAUUAUAGAAUGGAACUUUUACGACAGUGGAAGUUGACACAGCUGAGCAUGUUAUCACAGACUUACUCAAGAUGAGUCCAUCACUGCUGCUGCAUCAAACUCUUCUAACUAAGUGAAACACUUUCUUCACUCUGCACAGUGAAAGAAGAAUAGUUUUGUCAUGCCACACCAUUUUAAACCAAGACGGAUAUUUCAAGAUUAAAAUUGCAGCUUCAAUUUAAGGCAGCACGCUGAGGUAAAUUGUGGCUCUGAUAACGCUGGCUUUUCUGUGACAUGGUGAUGGUUAUGGUGAUGUCAGUGUGAUUGUGUAAAUAUGGGCUCUUAUAACAGUUUUAAGUGUACAUUUUUAAAUCAGUGCAGCAAUAUAUCAGUGCGCUUUGUCCCACAUGUCAUGAGCAGUAUUUACGCAGUUACCCCGCACCCUUGCCGAGGUACUAGUAACUACUGCAGCUACUGCGGGCGGAUUAACUGUAUAAAUCCAUGUAAACAUCCACGUUAUGUGUAAAUGCCUUUUGCUCUGCUGAACGUACAGUAUAAUUGGCAACUGGAGCACGAACAGACAGCAUUUCUGCAUGUGCUGCCCUAUGCAGUAUGCGUACUCUGUGUUUAGGGAGCGGUGGUACUUUUGUAGAGAACUAAUGAUCUAAAUUCUUUCCACACUGAAAACUAACUGCACUGAACUAACAACUAAAAGCUAUGAAAUAGUAGGCAUUAAUAAAGCAUGAUCUUGCUUUGGUUUAUAUUUCAGCAUUAUGUACAAUGUCCCACAUGGACAUAACCCAAUUAUUCACACUUUCACUAUAAUAAUUACUAGAAAUAUUUCCAAACCUCUCUUCUUGUUGACAAUUUCAUCCAAAUCUGACAAGAGCCCUUAAAGGGAUAGUUCACCCAAAAUGCUAAUUCUAUAAUCAUAUACUUACCCUUAUGCCAGAUGUGUAUGACUUUCUUCUGCUGAACUCCAAUGAAGAUUUUAAAAGAAUUUCUCAGCUCUUUUGGUCCAUAUAAUUCAAGUGAAUGGGUGCCAACAUUUUAAAGCUAAAUAAAAUCACACAUGUCAGCAUAGAAGUAAUCCAUAAGACUCUAGUGGUUAAAUCAGUAUCUUCAGGAGUGAUGUAAUAGGUGUGGAUGAGAAAAAGAUCACCUUUACAUUCUUCUUGUGCUUUUUGUGAUUCACAUUCUUCUCUUGAUAUCACACCCUGCUGGGCAGGGAGAAGAAUUUCUAGCAAAAAAUGACUUGAAUAUUGAUCUGUUUGUCACCCACACCUAUCAUAUCACUUCUGAAGAUAUGGAUUUAACUACUGGAGUCUUGUGGAUUACUUUUAUGCUGCCUUUAUGUGCUUUUUGGAGCAUAAAAAUGUAUUAAAGUAAUUGUACUUUUACUUGAGUACAGUUUUUGGCUACUCUACCCACCGCUAGUUACAAAAGUCAUAUGGUGUAAAUAUUAUAACCCAUGUUUAAUUUUGUGGUAACAAUUAUUUUACUACAAAAUACCAUGGUGAUACUAUGGUUGCUGCAGUAAAAACCAUGGUUAAUUUUUAUAAAGGACAGGAGUAGGGUUUGGUCUGUGGGAUUAAAUAAACACAAACAUACUGCAGUGAUGCCCCCUACACUGUAUGUUAGUAUUUAAUUAGGGGUGCAAAUAAUGUUUGCCUUAAUUUGCAUUGGGGUGUAAAUGGCAUCUACCUUUAUUUGCACCAGGGUGAAAAUUGCAUUUAAAAAUAAAAAAAAUGUAAAACUUUUAAAAUAGUCUUGUUUUCCAGUAAACUAUAUAAUACUUAAAACCAGAUAAAUAAACAUUGUAUCUUAAAUAUAAUUGUAUUUGUCUUGUGUCACUGGCAGAUUUUUUUCCUACUUGAUUUUCACUUCUAUUUUCAUAAAACAAGAGAAAAAAUCUCCCAUUGUCACAAGGCAAAAUACAACUCUGCUAUAUAGAUUCUUUGAAAACAAGUCUUAAUAGCUAACACAGUUUCACUCACAGGUGAAUUUAUCUGGUUUUAAGGAUGUUUAAAUAUGUUUGUCUUGUUCUCCAGUAAAAAUACUCAUUAAUAAUAUUUUUUGCAGUGUGUUGACAUUGCCUUCUUCCAAAACGUUUGCAUGCUUGCUUGUUUACCAAAUGUUUGUAGCAUUGAAGUGUGUAUGUGUGAAAAAUUGCAAAAUUCUACUGGCAGCGAUAAUGUGUGGACCGUUCUCUAUGAUUGACCGACUUGAUGCCUCUGAGCAAGCACUCAUGAAGAACAAAAAUAAAUCAUAGAGAGGUGAAGGGAACAGCCUUGUGGAGAGAUGUGCAAGUUAUUCUUUACACUGGAUAAUGUGUCUUUAUUAUGCUUUCUGUAGUGUCAAUUUCUAAAUUCCACAAAUUAUUAUUAUUAUUAUUUACCUGCUAUUUGUGUAGUCACAUACCAUGUCUAUACACCAAAUCAAACUCUGUGUUUUGCAACACGACUAUUAUUCUUAAAAUUAAGAAUAUGUUUAUUAUGAUAGCUUGCUUAACUGUCUCGUUUCAAUCAUGGCUCGUGGUCAUCUCAGUCAAUUUCUUGUCUUUUGUAAUUACAGUUCCUUUUCUUAAAAUUAACAUAAUGUAGAAUAAUGAUUCUGUUCAUAUAAUAUGGCCUUUUAACAAUCCUGUUGUUAUUUGGGAAGAAAAGCACUACAAAAGUCAUCUGAUUUUUCUGUGACAUGACAUAAUAAUCGGUUGCUCUGAAUGCUUUAAAUUAGAAGCAGAAAGUGGAAUAGAGAACAUAAAUUGAGAUUAAAAAAUAAAAUACAGGGGAAAAAUCAUGGAAAUUUGUUAUGUCUUAGAAAGUUAAUAAAACGUUUUGGGAAUUUCUAUUUAGUGAAUAGAUUUUUAUUUUUUUAGUUAUGCUCUUCUGUAAAAUGUAAUUGGCUCUUUGUGAGUGCGAUCUCUGUAAAAUUUUGUUUUUAUUUUUCCAGUAAUUCAAACGGCUGGAACAAAUAUAUAAAUUAAUUGGCCAAAAAGUCUGUUAUCCCUAAAAAACGCUAUCUGAAUAUGUGCUUUUUUGUUCAAUUUAAAAUUAGAAACCUAAAGCAAAUUAAUUGGUCUGCACAUUUGUUAAAAGAGCACUUACAGUUAGGAAUGUUUUAGAUGUAUUCUUUCAAAGACUUACACAGACUUAUGAAAUAGUACAAUUGUUAGUACUCUUUAUCCACUCAGAGGGAGAUUUCAUGUUAAUUCAGGUAAUGUAGGUUGAAGUUGCAACAACUCUGAAGUCUGUUACCACUCAAAUGUAAUUUCCAAAUUAUUAGUGUGAUUCAUCUUAUUCAGCCCGCCCCCUUUCCGCACUACACUCUUGCGAAUUUUGUCAUCUAACUUCCUGUUUGUAUUGAAGCUACUGAGAAGGGUUGAUCAAAAUGGAUUAUGUGUGGGAGUACAGAAAGUAUUUUUCAUCAAGAGUUGAUGUGUGAGUCUACAGCACCCCUUUAAUACUUGAAAAUUCUCAUUGAGGUGUUUGUUUUCCAACAUUCAUGAAGGUAAAUUGACCUGGCAGAUCACAUUCAGACAGCUACUGCACUUUUUUUUAAUGACAUAAGCGUUUCAUUGUUAUACAUGUAAUUCUGUUUAAUUUUUUAAGUUUCAACUUGUUAAUAAUUUGUUAAAACGUUAGUUGACAUGAAAUUUCAAACAGUAACAGCUCAUAUUACUACACAUGCAAGUAAAUUACAAUUGUACUCUUUAAAAUUAAUUUGUCACCCUACAUUUUUAAAGAGGCUUAAAUGUGAUUAAAAGUGUUGUAAAUGGAAUAUAA